GUUACGCACUCUCAAAUUUUCGGGGAUUAGGCCCUAAAAGAUCGGCACUAUAAGAACAUACUUUAUCACAUCAUUCAGUGGCAAAGCGAAAUGCUACAGAACUAAAUGUCCUCUCUUUUUCACAAUUUGGAGUGACUUUUAUCAUUGUACUCGUUAUUCAAAAAGGGUUUGUCACCAAGAAAGUUUGCUUUCCCCUCCACAUGGCAUCCGUCGAAGAAUACCCAGCGGUUUCCACCUCUCGCGUCAGUAUAGGCCUUUUCACUCUGCCUUUGGAUGCGCUGGAUAUGAUUUUUCAUCAGGUUAAUCAGUCCUCUAAUUGCGUUCUUCUGCUUGUCUCCCUUUUGGAUGGUUCUUCUCAGAACCUCUUGUUAAGACUAUGAUGUUACGACUGCAGCUUCACCCUCGUGAUCUUGUUCAACUUGUAAGAGUUUCUCGAAAUGUGAAUGAGAUCGCCAUACCGUUCCUGUAUCGGACCGUUCAUUUCCAUCUUCCCGGCCAUAUAAGUGCAACAGACGCCCUGCUCUCGAAGCUAGAAGUAUUCUCUGACCAGGAUUUCCCUCUUCUCAGGCAUACCACAAGAGUGUUGAUAUCAGGAACAUGGUAUCAGGCAUAUGAUGAAAUCGAGUCAAGGCUGGGUUUAGAAAAUGUUGUGUCUCCAGCUGUCCGAAUGCUGAACACCCUCAUCACUAUUUGUGUGUCUAAAAUGCCUAAGUUGCGAGCUUUCAUGUGAGCCCUGCUUCUUAUCCUAGCUCAGAAGCGACGCGGUUUUGUGCCCACCAUGUGCCCACGAGGUCGAAAUUCUGACUUUUUUGGAAUUGAAGCUGGGACUCACAGAUUGCGCCAACACAGAAAUUGAUCUCAAUGGUUGCGCUAUCUGACAGAAUGGAGUAUCUACAGUUACGAGUGGCGACAGACGGCAGUCCAACACCAUAUUUUCAUCCAACAUUGAAAUUCGGGGGCUAUUCGAAACUACGCUUCUUGAACAUUAUUGACGUCAAAAUCACAUCAGCUCUUCAAUCUGUUGGCAAUGCACUAUUUUCUACAGAGCAACUGAGUGAACUUGCCAUCUGGGCGGAUGAAGAUGUAAUAUUGUCCCUUGGUGUCAUUUUUUCUGGCUGGCCUGGGCCAAAGAUUCUUAACCUAAAAGCCCUUGAUCUGAGAAGAUUUUCCAAUGUGGGAUGUUCAGCUCCAUCUAUCUGGCAACAUAUUUCUGCUGCGUGUUUAAGUGAAUUGACACUAGAAAUCGGUUCAUUCCUACCGCCAGACGAUUACAUCGGCUUUUGGGAAGGGGCAGUUGCGGCGGGCAUGCGGCCGACAACUCUGCGUACAAACCUGAUAUCUGAAGGCUUAACUGACUUUAUCUGCUCAUGUAAUGGUCUGGAGGUGUUCCAGCUUACAACUUGUUUAUUACCACGACAUCUUCCCCCCAUUUCAAUCUUCCUGGAAACCAUAAUCAGCGAGCACUCUAAGUCCUUGAGGGUUCUUGCAAUACAUGCCCAAGGGCCAGACGAAAGCGAAUACCUUCUUGAUCGAAAACUUUUGGACUCAUUGUCCUCACGCUGCACAAAAUUGGAGGAACUCGGGUUUAAAAUCCUCGAGCAGAGCCAGGCCGAUGUCCAUUUAGUAUUUCAGCUUCCCCUAUUGCGCGCACUUCAUAUUGACUUUGCUGGUGAUUUGAGUUUUGACAUGCAAAAGCUGAACCAUCUUAAGCUUCGAAAACUGAUAGCUGAAUGUCUUUCAAACAUGGCUCAACACCAUUUGAAAUAUAUAGCUUUUGGCGAAGGACUGGUGUACGCGAUACUGACUAACCCUCUACGGUGGCACGUUAGAUCGAAUUUGGUUGGGUACAUCCGUGAUACAGUCAUAUUUCGAGAGAAAAUGUUUGACUGGGCAAGUACGAUCAGGUAGAAACUUUAUCCGGAGCGGUUGGUGGAAUACAUUUGGUCAUCUUUAUCACAAAAAGCACAAACCGAAAGAGAGCACAGCUUUUUAUUUUAUUUUCAUCUGAUUUUCGACUUCUCUUUUAGGUAGGGAUGACACAGAGCAAUAGGAUAUUGCUUAUCAAAAAGUUAGUUUUAUGUUACAGUCUUCUUUGUAAAUUAAUAGUCAAUAGAGAUAAUGUUAUUCGGAGUAGCUCCCACAGGUAUUCAGCAACAAUUUCUUUUUUGCUAUCCGUUCCUCUGGCCCAGUUCUGUGGGAAACAAGAUGAAAUAAAAGUGAUUCGAGCUAGGCUAUUGGAGAAAACCUUUCGUCAGGAGUCAUAGUCGUAAAAGGCCGCCUUUCUCUGUUUCCGGAAUAUUGAGAUCUAUAUACGCAUAUAUACCCCGCUUGCGGUGCUUGG